CACCCGCCCGCCCUCUGGUCAGACUGGUCAACACUGGUCUCGUCCUCGCUCAGCUGUCAUGUCCUCGGCAAUUGUUUCUCCUCCUCCUUCCUCUCCAUCUUCCCCAUUCUCUCCCCCCUCCCGUUCCCCUCUCUUCUCCAUUCCUCCCGCAUCCCGCUGUCUCUCCCCAGCCGUCUCCUCCCCUCGCGCCCUCGCUCCUUCGCUCCCUCAUCCACUUGCCGAGUGGACCACAGCCGGGUUCGAAUCGGCGGAUCUCCCUUACAAAUCUGCCCGGAGUAUAUCUCAUAAAUCCGUCGACGGGCAUGCGCUAUACUCCAUGCGUGAAGGGUGGAAUGUGGAUGGACAGACCUAGGUCCUAUACCCGCCCCCACUCUGCCUUAGGGCUUAUACAGUCAUCCCCCCCCAACUCCUCCCCGAAGCCUCGAAGGUCCCCCUCGCGGUCCCUC